AUGGACUUAAUUACAAGUAAACAAUGUACAAUUUUAACAUUAGUUUCAAAAAUGGACUUAAUGGCAGUAACGGAUGCAUCAUUCGUUGUGAAAACUCCCCAAAAUCCAUCCUAUCGACCAUUUCAACCAACUACUAAACUUCGUGGAUCAUAUGCACAAUCUAUUAAUGGACCGGGACACGUAGCAAAUAUAGAGCUCAAUACCAAUAUUUUAUCAAUAAAUCCUGAUAAUUUCGGAUAUGUUCAAAAUAUUCAAUGCGAUCAGGAUGGAACAAUCACUUUAACAUUAAAUAACGAAACGGUUCUUCAUGAAAUAUUAAAUUGGCCAUCAAAGGUCAUUUUUUUAAUUAAUGACAAAUGGAAAUGCUUUGGACAAUCAACCAUGCAAUUUUAUUUUGUGGGAAAUCAAACAAUUGAUGAAAUAAAUAAACAAGCUAAAUUUACAACUGAAUCUUGUGAAAUUUCAAAAUGGAUAGAAAGUUAUACAUUUGAUCUCACAUGGGAUCAAUCUAUAGAAUUAAAUAAAAAACAAUCAAAAAAUAAAAAACGAUCAAAAAAUUUAUACCUUUUAGACAAACGACUUUUAGAUGAACAAACUAAAAUUGAUCUUAACAUUUUAUUUGAUCCAAAAACUGGUAAAUCAUCUAAACCAAAUUUUACAUUAUCGAUUGAUCAAAACAACUCAAGUGAAUCUUUAGUAUGUUCGAAUUGUUUCACAAAAGGGAAUGCUACGAUUGGUCUUCAUAUUUCUGGAACUCCUUUUAAUUUAUCCAAUGCCACAAUUUCAAUAUCAGGAAAUCUGAAAAUUAAUGUUGAUAUUGCCAUAUCGGCAUCCUCAAAGAUUCUACAAUUUUCAUCACCUGAUAUUCAAAUCAUCGAAAUCCCAUUGACUCCUUUAAAUGUACCUGGACUUUUCAACUUAGGUCCUGCUGUGAUUUUAUCAGCAAACAUUAAAGUAACUUCUAGUUUAACCGGAACAUUGAACACAGGUGGUGAAAUUACAUUUAAUAAUUUUAUUUUUCAAGCUUCAUUAAUCAACAACCAAACGAAUGUUACAGGAUUUGAUAAACCACAAUUUAAAUCUCACAAUUCCUCAAUUAAUAUCAAAGCUUCAACAGGAAUUUCAGGAAGUUUGAAACCUCAAAUAGCACUAGAUUUAAGCAUAUUGAAUGGUCUAGUACAAUUUAAAACGGGAAUUCAGGUUGAAAGUACUUUAGGUAUUACUAUCUCUAUUGGUAACGGUACUGGAUGUAAAAAAGAUAAUCAAUUAAAAGUGAAGAGUACAUUAGAUGGUGAUGUGGGACUUUUUAUUCAAAGCGUUGAGAAACCUAUUUUUAAAUUCCCUUCUUUAGAAUUAGGUCAAUUUUGUUUAUAA